UUGAAGUACCUGUCCCGUCCGUUUCAUGGUUUUAGGGGCCGGAGGCUCGGAAGGGAACUUUCGGAGUAUUUCUACACUCAACCGAAAACUAAAUGAGUAUUUGUAAAUAUCCUAUACGAUCAAGAAAACAUUAAGUAAUAUAGUUUAAAAUUGAACAACAGCUGAUCUCAUGUCUAAGAAAUAACCUAUAUUUAAAAACAAUGUUAUUAGAAGAUGAAAAUAUCUUAGAUGUUGAGAUGAGUGACAAUGGACAAGAAGACCGACGAAAAAGUGAACUUGAGAGUAUAUUUAAGAAUGUAGAUGAUCUAAGUGACCCAUCGUGUAUGGAUAAUAUUUUAAUAUAUUUACAAGAAAUCAGAGAUGAAGAUUAUUUGUUUAUGGAGUUAUUAGUACAGAAGGUGUCUGGAGAAGAAAUCAACUGGUAUCAACCUUGGUACCAACAAUCUAAUUCUCUUUCAAGACCACUGAAAUGUACUGAAAAUGAGAAAAAUGGGGAAGCAUACUUUACCGACACCAUCAGUAAGGCUGAAAGUGAUAAAAUAAAAAAGAACUGGAGGAAAUUUAUGCGGAAGUAUGAAGUACCAGAUCAGUUAAUAUGCUUGGCUAGGUGGAAAAACAAAAGUAAAAGUAGAUUGCCAAAUACACCUGAAGAGCAGGCAAAACGAUUUGUGGUUGCAUACCUGAGUCGUGGUCUCCAAAGGACUCUAUAUCAAGUAUUCAGGCAUAUCAUGACACACUAUGGCAGUCCAAACAAAGGGCCAUAUACAGAAGAAGAAGAAAAAAUCAUGGAAGUGUGUUUUGAAAAUCAUCCUAACCAUGCUGUUACACUUUUAUCAUCAGUUUUGAAAAGAGAACCAAGGGGAAUCUAUAAGAGAUUACAACAGAAGUUAAACGUAAAACCGGAUUAUAAAAGAAUAAAGUGGAACCUACCAUUAGCAACGAGAUUUUUGAAGCUACUUUUGAAGUACACAGAUCUACCUCUGGAAGAACUAAAAAAUAGAAGCAUAGAAAAAGAUGUUUUUGUGAAGAUAGCACAGAUAUUUGGACAUAAUUACACAUAUCUACGACUCUUCUGGUAUCAAAAUCUUCAUGUCCAAAUAUUUGCGGAAGAACAUAUAAAACUUAAUAAACUGAGGAAAAAGGUUUUUAAGAAACUUAAAGAAUCGUCGUAUCAGGUAUGGACUGACAUUCGAUGGAAAGAUCUUGCCACUCAAUUUCCAGAUGGGUUGACUCAUAGGUUUUUGUAUAUAGUUUGUAGAAGAGUUGUCUGUUCAAUUCAUGACUACUUAAAACUACCGCUAUCGGAUGUUGCAGAACAUGCGUUACAAAAACUAAGUAACAUGAAAUAUCGCAAGUUGCGUUUAAAAAGAUUAUGUUUAAAUGAAGAUGGGGAAUUGGUUAAAAUUUCCUCGACUGAUAAUUAAUUGCUUUGUUAAAUUUAUUUAUUUCUCCUGCAAUGGUGCAGCUAUUGUCAAUAAAUAGUUUUGUUUUUGUA